AUGCCGUCAAGUUCAAGAGAAGCUGUCUCAGACGCCAAGUCCCGAGCUUGGAAUGUUCACGACGACACACAAAAUGUAGGCAUGUCUCAAUCAGUCAAGAGCAAAGGCAAACAGCGCGACCCUCCGCCGUCUCUAUUCCUUCAUCCAUCUCCUGCCGCCUCUCAUGCCUCGCUACCAGGUAUACUGGCGCCUGGAGCGCCGGCGACCUCCUCCACUGGCGUCUCACCUCUUCCUCAGCAGGCCAUGAACCUGCAACGGAAUGGAUCUCUUCAUACCAGCUCGGUCGUCGCGUCAUCAGUUGCGCGCCCUACCCGGAAUCUCAAGACCGCCGACAGUACCCGGAGCAGCGACAGGACCGACGCAUUGUGGGCCGAGAUGCAGGCAACGCUCGAGGAGGUUGAACUUUCAGCGUCAGGUGGAACUCACGUGUUUGGACCCGAUCAUGAUCGCAAACUGGAAGAGUUGAGAACAGCUCAGAUCGACCUGGCACAGGCUUGGGCGCGGAGUGAGGCCGAUGAGGCCAUUGAGAUGACGGGCCAGCGUUCCAACACGUCAGCAGCCGGGGAGGAGGUCCGCAACUUGAAGAGUGCAGUGCUCGGAGAGACGGGCGUGGCGUCAGAUGGUAACGAGGGACCGCGAAGCACGGGAAGCAACAAUGGCCGGCCAGGUAGCAGCGGGGGCACGGAGCGACUUGGUGCGAAGCUCGAGCAGGAGACGGAGGUGGACAUCCUGCUUGCACGAAAGAGGCGCGAGGCCAACGAUCGGUACUUUCAACGGGUCAACAAAGGCGUUCUCGACGUCGUUGCCAAACUUGAACAUGUUGCUGUUGCGAUGCGAGCUGUCGAGCAGGAGACUAAGGAUAUCUGGGGUGAUAAUGACAGCGCGGCAGGCAGUGCGAAGGGGUAG